AUGCCCAGCCAUGCCAUCCUUCGGCAGCUUUCUUCAUCUGCGCGGGUCAUACUCAGUGUAGGAGGCUCCGUUCCCCCAAAGCCUCACGGUGAAGGCAGACAGUGGCGCGCCGCCCUGGACCUGGGACUGGAAGGAACGUUCCUCAAUGAAGUGCUCUACAAAAACUCGACCUUCCUUAACUUGGUGGAUCCCAUCUCCCAUGACUUGCUGAUGAGCCUAGCCAGAGACCUGCAGUGUCCCAAAAAGGAGUACGACCCCUGGAAGUCCUCGGACAGGAUCUGCCGGCAGCUGAUCUACUGCGCGGUGGGUCCCCUGCGGGAUCCUACAGGGCAGGCGGCCGAGCGCAGGCCUGGCCUCGUCCCCUUCCCCUCCCGAGGCUUUGGGGACCCAAAGAGGCUGGAAGGAAAGCCGCAGGACAGAGUCUGCCCGGAGUCAAGGUGCAAACCUUCUACUUUCCCUAAACAAACUCCAUCCAACCUUCACUUCCCACCCGUGUUCUUCAUGAGCUCUCUCCUGCCCCAAGGGUGUGCUCGUAACACUCUCUUUCUCCCCUUCUCCAUUAGCCUGAAGACCAGUCUGCAGAAGAAAGUGAGCCAGGACACCAUGGAUUUGUCAGGGAUCCCCCUGACCAUGCGGGAUGUCCACCGCAUGGCCUACUACCUGCAGAACAACGGAGACCACCUCACCUCCAUGGACCUGAGCUUCACCGAGCUGAACGAUGACAUGGUGCGCCUGCUGCUGCCCUUCCUCUGGGCGCUACCCAAGCUCACUCACCUUUCCCUCAACGGCAACCGACUGACCCGGGCGACCAUGAAGGAGCUGACUGACGCCAUGAAGGACAUGAACAAGUUCCCUUGCCUGGCCUGGGUUGACCUCGGCAACAACGUGGACGUCUCCUCCAUGCCUCAGCCCUUGCUCGUGGGCCUGCGCAAGCGCCUCAGCCAGCAGACCACGCUGCCCACCAUCUACGAGGCGCUCGACUGCGACUCGGAGCUCUCCACUGGGCAAGAGGGCAGCCAGCCGGAGGACGAAGGGAGGGAAAGCACCCCGCCACGCGCUUUCCCCCAGCAGGGCUGUGAGAGGUGACUGGGCAACAGGCCGGCGCUGGCGCACUGAAGCCGCACCGAGGAGAAGUCCUGAGUACAAACACCAAGCAGAGGGCCAGCUUCACCGGCUUCCUUUGGCGCUUUUCUCUCGCCUUCCCUGACAUCUCCCCCCAACUUGCUGUGAGACGAAAGCCUGUCGUCCCCCCACUGCUCCGCUCCCUCCCCUCGCUGCCAAACCCAUCGCCCACGUUCCAGAGAGGAACCAGUGACUUACAGCGAACCUGGUCCCCAGGCAGGGUCUCACUGGAAGAUGGGAAAAGACCUGACGGAGUCAAGAAUAUCCUCCAGCAGCCAUUGGGUUGAGGGAAAGGGAUGGGGGAGAAACCUAAACAGAAACAGGCUUGUAGAUUACUUCAUUUCUUCCUUUUCCUAUGCACCUUGGAAACUUUGGGACCUGCAGUCUUGAGUGUGAAAGGAGGUACCCCAAGAGCCUAGCUGUUGUGGAGCUUAGUUAAAGGGCUCAGAGGCUGGAGCCAGAGCCCGGCAGUGUGUCUCCCUCUUGUGUCUGGCUCCUUUUGUUUUGUUUUUUCCUAUUGUGUGUUUUGUAUUAACCUCCGAACAAAGGGACUUGGUCAGAGACCAUUGGACUGCAUAGGCUGGGGCGGACACAUGGCUUGGAAUUGCAGUAUCAGGAAAUUUGCUGUGU